AUGGCGGAUUGGAGUGAGCUUGUCUACGAUCGAAGCGAAGCGCCGCCCGCACCUAUGAUCUUACACAAGCGAGCACAAGCGACCAGCACGUUACCACCAAGCAUAACGGAAGCAUCUUCCACUUUCGGUGGUUCGACGGCUUCGUCCGCAACAGGAAUCAGUACUGCGUCGCCGACUUCACAGGACGUUCUACCCACCACGUUCGACUCUAGUAUAGGGAACAACUUCACCUCACCCAGUUGUCCGGCAUUCUUCCAAAGCUUUUUGACCGACGACACUUUCAAGCAGUGCUCGCCACUUUCUUUACUUCUUCAGACAUCCAACGGUUUCUUCACCGCCGAGACUUCUCCCGUUCGACUAGCUCAGACACUCGAUGCAAGCUGCAGCGUCAACUAUACAAUGUGUGCCUCCGUCAUGGCAUCGCUCGCACAGAGCAUUCAAUUGACUUCACACUGCGGGCGCGAUCUCCAGAUGCAGAACCCAACGGUCAUGCAAGCAUAUAAUGGGCUUCUGGCCUAUCAACCAGUAUUCCACGCGGGUUGCUUGACAGAUUCUGACGGGAACUACUGCUUCGCCAACGCUGUGCAAAACAAGACCGCACCAACUAGCAGCUACAUCUACUACCUCCCUCUUGGUGUGCAGCUCCCUGCAGGCACCAGUCCGGCGUGCAAUACGUGCCUCCAGCAGACUAUGACCAUCUUCGGCAACGCCGCAGGCAACAAGAGCCUGCCGCUGAGUAUGGACUAUACUCCUGCUGCUCAACAAAUCGACAUUCAGUGUGGCCCACAAUUCGUCGUAGCCUCUGUGGCUCACACUUCUUCUGCUGGCACGCUGUCCUUUGGCCCCUCUAUUGGUGUGGCAAUGAUGGCUUUGGUUGGAUUGGCAAUCAGUACAUUGGCAUAG